AUGUCUUGGAAACGAUUCACCCUCAUCUGUCGUCUUUCGCUUGUUUUUCUGCUCGUCGGACAUCUCAGGUCACGUAUAUUUGUAGAUGCUAAUGCUAUAGAUUGCACCUAUGGUUGGUCUGCCCCAACCUUUGUGAAUGGAAACCUCGUUCGAAAAGCUUUCUGUUACAAAUUUAAAGACAAUGGUCAAGACUUUACUACCUAUGCUUGCGGGUACUGUAAGAGGAGCGAUAAGUUGAUACCCUCUGCUAGGAACUGCGUUGACUCGGACGGAAAAGUGAUGAACAGCGGUGAAGCAUGGGCUUGCGACCAAGGAAUUACGGUCUAUGGAGACUCUCGCUCAGACGGUAGACAAAUCUUGUGCGAGCACACAGACACGGACGGAACGGUGGGCUCGUACAAUUGCAAGAACCGCAAUGUGUUCCAACAAUGUGCUAAAGACUCGUGUGGCUGA